AUGCGUGUCGCACGAUCUCUUCAUACAGCAUCAAUGUUAGCAAAUGGAACAGUUUUAGUUACUGGGGGAUACGAUGGUAGUAACCAACUCAGCAGUUCUGAAUUAUAUAAUCCAUCAACAGGUAAUUGGACAACAACAGGAAAUAUGAAUGUUGCACGAGCUGAUCACGGAGCAACAGUUUUAUCAAAUGGAAAGGUUUUGGUUACUGGAGGAUACAGUGGUAAUGUUUAUCUCAACAGUGCUGAAUUAUAUAAUCCAUCAACAGGUAGCUGGACAACAACAGGAAAUAUGAAUAGUGCACGAAGAAUCCAUACAGCAUCACUGUUAGCAAAUGGAAAAGUCUUGGUCACUGGUGGAUGGAAUGGUGGUUCUGUGAAUAGUGCUGAAUUGUACGAUCCAUCAACAGGUAACUGGACAACAACAGGAAAUAUGAAUAGUGCACGAGCUGAUCACAGAGCAACAGUUUUAUCAAAUGGAACAGUUUUGGUUACUGGAGGAAUCAGUGGUAAUGUUUAUCUCAAUAGUACUGAAUUAUAUAAUCCAUCAACAGGUAGCUGGACAACAACAGGAAAUAUGAAUAGUGCACGAAGAAUCCAUACAGCAACAAUUUUAUCAAAUGGAACAGUUUUAGUUACCGCGGGAUCCAAUGGCAACUUUUAUUUGACCAGUGCUGAAUUGUAUGAUCUAUCAACAGGUAACUGGACAAUAACAGGAAAUAUGAACGUUGGACGACAAUCUCAUACAGCAACAAUUUUAUCAAAUGGAAAAGUCUUAGUCACUGGUGGAUGGAAUGGUGGUUCUGUGAAUAGUGCUGAAUUGUACGAUCCAUCAACAGGUAGCUGGACAACAACAGGAAAUAUGAGUAGUGCACGAUCCGAUCACAAAGCAGCAAUUUUACCAAAUGGAGAUGUUUUAGUUGCUGGUGGAUGGAUAAGUACGAGUAUUGCCAGUUGUGAAAUAUAUGGAUAA